CAGCGAUGUCACCCUCCCUCCUCCUCCUCCUCCUCCUCGGCCCCGCCUACAUGCUGGAGUUCCGUUACCAUAGCAACGGUGAGAUCGAGCAGUACCUGCUGCAGGUCAACGCCUCCAACCCCGACAUCGCUCACCUGUACAGCAUCGGCACAACGGUCAGAGGACAGCAGCUGUGGGUGUUAGCUCUGGGCGUCAGCCCUCGCCGUCACACCGUUGGAAUCCCAGAAUUCAAAUAUGUGGCCAACAUGCAUGGAAAUGAGGUUCUCGGCCGGGUUCUGCUGCUCCAGUUGAUCGACGAGCUGCUGCGUGGUUACCAUGGCAACGAGACCUGGUCCCUGCAGCUCCUGAACAGCACUCGCAUCCACAUCCUGCCGACGAUGAACCCCGACGGCUUCGACGACGCCGACACCAACUGUGUGUUCAGCCAGGGAAGGUACAACUCCAACGGUGUGGAUCUGAACCGGGGCUUCCCUGACGCGUUCGCCAGUCUCCGAAAGCAGCCGACGGUGAACGAGGAGAACCUGGAACCUGAGGUGAGAGCUGUAGUCGACUGGUUGAAGAGCGAGACCUUCGUUCUCUCUGCCAACCUUCACGGAGGAGCUCUGGUGGUCAGUUAUCCGUAUGACAACAGCAACAGAGGCCCGGAGUUGGUUCGCCGGGCCAGCAUCAGCCCCGAUAAUGAUGUGUUGAUUCACCUGGCCAAGGUGUACUCCUACAGCCACGCCCGGAUGUCCCAGGGGAGCCCGUGUGAGGACAGCGGAAUGUUCCCGGACGGCAUAACCAACGGAUACCAGUGGUAUCCUCUGGAAGGAGGGAUGCAGGACUUUAACUACGUGUGGGGCCAGUGUUUGGAGCUGACUCUAGAACUUUCCUGCUGCAAGUUUCCUCCACCUGAAGAACUUCCUGCUCUGUGGAUGGACAACAAGAAGGCUCUGCUGGCCUACAUCCAGCAGGUCCACCUGGGGGUGAAAGGUCGUGUGUUCGCCUCUGGCGUGCCGGUGCAGAACGCAGUGGUGGAGGUCAGAGGUCGGCAGAACAUGUGUCCGUUCAGAACCAACCAACAUGGAGAAUACUACAGACUGCUGCUGCCUGGAAACUACACCUUCACAGUAACGUAUCCGGAUCACGAGGUUCUGACUCAAACCCUCAGCAUCCCUUAUGGUCCAGAUCGAUACUCGGCGAAGCAGCAUGACUUCCAGUUACGACGCGCUGCUACGUUGACCGGCCUCGUCCCGGCAGAGCCCACCCGAGCUGACCUCACCCCCACCUGCAACAAGUUAAACCUGGAAGGAGGCGGAGCCAUGACCACGCCCACCUGGAGCACUCUCACAGUGGAGCUCAGUUUAGUGGUGGUGCUGCGAUCGCUGGUGGACUGA